AUGGAUUGUUUACUUUUCGCUUUCGCCCUUAUUGGAACCACACUGGCUUGCCAACCAGUACCACCACCUCCUGCGGGAGUCUCACACGGACACGAUACAGCGGACGUUACAAUAGUCACCAACCAAGUCUACGAAUCAUCAAAAGUCAACGAGUAUAUGGGCUACUUUCCGAAAACAAAGAUCCAGGAAUACUCGGCCCCUCUUGGAGUCUUCUCAAACCUUGGAAAUACUGACAGCAAUGGCUAUUUUGCCUUUACUUUCACCUUAACACAAUGUCACUGUGACGAGGUGAGGACGUGGGUAAAUCAAAUCGUAGCGAGCUCAGACUACUACACAAGUGGAAAUGUGGUAUGCGUCCCAUCAGGACCAGUAGUAAUACAAGCACCCCCUGCACCGCCAGCAACAACUACAACAGCAGCUCCAGCGAAUCCAAACAAAAAUCUCAUCAUCCUUACUGGACAGAAUGGACAAAAUGGUGGUCAAGUUGGUCAAGUUGGUCAAGUUCGUCAGCUUACUCCAUAUGGUCAAGUUGCUCAAGUGGCUCCAGUUGGUCAGAUUUCUCCCGUUGUGAUACCACAGUAUGUCCGUGCCCCUGCUGUCACAGUUGUUGGACAACAACCGGUUAUUGCAGAACCACCGGUUAUUGCACAACAACCGGUUAUUGCAGCACAACCGGUCAUUGCACAACAGCCGGUUCUUGCUCAGCAACCGGUCAUUGCACAACGACAAGUUGUUGCAGAACAACAGACUGUUUAUGAAGAACCAUACUGA